UUCGUCCUUCCUCCCCCCUAAAAAGCUUGUCUCUCAUCUCUCAUCUCCCAAGUUUGUUUUGUUUGGACACCCGACCGUAAGAGCAGACAACAAACAAAACCUUUGUGUACAGAUCGAAGCCUCGCUACCUCUAUAAUAAUAUGCCCGAAUCCAAUGCUGCUGCCAAGCGCCGAACCUUCAAGGCCAACCGAGCGGCUGGUCUAGGGGAUGAAAGUGGACGUCUUACUCGAGUCAAGGAGCCUCCCAAGAUGAGCAAAUGCACAGUCUGCCAACUUGAGCUCAAGAUUACGAAAACCAACACAGAACUGACGGCACAUGCAACCUCCAAGCAUGGAUCGACACUCGAUGCGUGUUUCCCAGGGGCUAGCGCUGUUGCAGCGGAGCUGGCUGCCGGUGGCAAAAAGGGAGGAGGCUCCGCUGGUGGUCCGACCAAGAAGCAACAAAAAGCCAAGAAUGCGGAUGAUUUGGACGACCUUCUGUCAGCAGGGUUGAGUGCUGGUGCUGGCAAGAAAAGGGGAAAGAAAUAAUAAAUGUCGCAACAAUUUACUCUCUUAUAUGAAGUGCUCUAGCUAGCCAGCCAGCUAGCUAGCUACACAGGAUACGGUGGGCGUAAAUCUUGGUUUUGACCUGGAUGCAGUUCGCUACUCCCGUAUCCAGCCUCCACCAGCUUCUCCGCCAAUACUCUUUUCAGCUACGAAGUACGAACUUUCUGCUACAUAGAAAUAAGGACUAAUAUUUGGCUUGCCGGUAUAUUUCGAGGUAUACUCGUGCUUUGGCAUGUGAAUGCGAUACACACCACCCGACCU